AGAUUUAACAAAGGAAUGUUUCUGCACAUAGUUAAAAAUAAUUAUUGGACUUGCUUUAAGUGCAAAAAGAAGGAUAAUCCCAGGUUUGGAUGGGAUGGAUUGGAGCAACCUGGUUGUGGACAUGGCAGGGGGGUGGAACUGGAUGAUCUUUAAGGUCCAGUUCAACCCAAACUAUUCUGGGAUUCAGAUGGAUGUGUUUUCUUCAUGAAAUGCAGUGAUUAACUUCUGCUUUUCUUCCAGGAGGACUCUGCUCCUGUCAGCACAGCUCUGUUUCACUGCUCCCUGAACAGCUGAAGCCAGCCUAGAGAGGGACUUCACUCACCUUUUAAUGAACGCUAAAAAACAGCACUGCCACGGCCUCCUACCCAGCAGAGCUGCUCCCCAGAGCCAGAGGGAUGGUGGUAGUCACGGGGCAGAACAAAGUGAGUGCCACCCCGGAUGAUGCCAUGUCGAGCUCGGAUGCAGAGGAUGAUUUCCAAGAGCCGGCCACUCCCACCGCCACCCAGGCAGGACAGGCGCUACCUCUGCUGCCUCAGCAGUUCCCAGAAGUUGUCCCACUGAACGUGGGGGGGAUGUUUUUCACCACCAGACUGUCCACGCUGCGCAGGUACGAGGACACCAUGCUGGCAGCCAUGUUCAGUGGCAGGCACUACAUCCCCACAGAUGCUGAGGGCAGGUACUUCAUCGACAGGGAUGGCACCUACUUUGGAGACAUUCUAAACUUCCUACGAUCUGGUGACCUGCCCCCCCGAGAGCGAGUGAGGUCAGUGUACAAGGAAGCUCAGUAUUAUUCCAUAGGACCCUUGCUAGACAAUCUAGAGGAUAUCCAGCCUCUUAAAGGAGAAAAAGUUAGACAAGCUUUCCUGGGCCUAAUGCCAUAUUACAAAGACCACUUGGAGAGGAUCAUCGAGAUAGCCAAGCUGCGAGCCAUGCAGAGGAAGGCCAGGUUUGCCAAGCUGAAGGUGUGUGUGUUCAAGGAGGAGAUGCCCAUCACUCCCUACGAGUGCCCUCACUUCAACUCGCUGCGUUUUGAGCGCAGCGAGAGCGACACCAAACUCUUUGAGCACCACUGCGAGGUGGACGUGUCCUUCGGGCCCUGGGAGGCCGUGGCUGAUGUCUACGACCUCCUGCACUGCAUUGUCACCGACCUGUCUGCACGGGGCAUCACCGUGGACCACCAGUGCAUCGGCGUGUGUGACAAGCACCUCAUCAACCACUACUACUGCAAGCGCCCCAUCUACGAGUUCAAGAUCACCUGGUGGUGAGCUGGGGCUCUCACAGGGCCGAGAGGACUCCAGAGGACAAAUGUCCUUCCAGGAUUGCCUGGUGGUGAGUGUGAAAGGACUCCUAGAGGACAAAUGUCCUUUCAAGAUCGUCUGGUGGUGAGUUGUGGCAGAGAAAAGAGGUGAAAAGACUUCUAGAGGACAAAUGUUCUUUGAGAGAUCAUCUGCUGGUGAGUUGUGGCACAGCAAGGGGUGAAAGAACUUCUAGAGGAUAAAUGUUAUUUCAAGAUCAUCUGCUGGUGAGUGUGAAAGGAAUCCUAGAGAAC